UCAAUCGCGGUAGUCAUCAGCGGCUGCCGCUCUUCGUCGUCCACAAACUUUCGCGCGUGACAGCACGGUGUUUUAGGCAAUAAGAUGUUUUAUCAUAUCUCCCUGGACCACGAAAUCCUGCUGCACCCGCGUUACUUCGGGCCGCAGCUGGUCGAGACUGUGAAACAGAAGCUGUAUGCCGAAGUCGAGGGGACAUGCACGGGGAAGUACGGCUUUGUCGUGGCUGUGACAACCAUCGACAACAUUGGCGGCGGCCUGAUCCAGCCUGGCAGGGGAUUUGUCGUGUAUCCCGUUCGGUACAAGGCCAUCGUCUUCAGGCCCUUCAAGGGAGAAGUGCUUGAUGCUGUAGUCACACAAGUCAACAAGGUUGGCCUGUUCACCGAGAUUGGUCCACUUUCCUGUUUCAUCUCGAGGCAUUCCAUUCCAUCAGACAUGCAGUUUGACCCGAACUCCAACCCGCCGUGCUACAGGACACAGGACGAGGACAUCAUCAUCCAGCAGGACGAUGAGAUCAGGCUGAAGAUUGUGGGCACAAGAGUGGAUGCAUCAGACAUAUUUGCCAUUGGCACGCUGAUGGAUGACUACCUUGGCCUGAGCUGAACCUGCAGACUGCUGCUCUUCAUAUCUCAUCAUGGUCACCUGUCAUGGCUCCACCCCCUGCAAAGAAGUACAUCGUUUUGCACACAUUGCACACAUUAUUCAGUGGAGGCUCAAAUCUUGGUUCACAUUCAGGUGCACUGAAAAUGAAAAGAUAAACCUUGUGUCAAGGGUUAAUUUUUCUUGAUUUACAUUCCUUGGUUGCCCAAAAGGCUCCAUGGCUUGGCUCGGCUGUCUUAAAAGCAGUGUUUGUGAAGAAGUAAAUGUGGGAUGUAAAUUUUGUUUUCAGGUCUUCCUGCUGUUUAAUUUUGAAUUGAGCCCUGUUGUACAGAAAGUAAAAUAAAGUUUUAUGACAUGUCUGG